AUGAGUGCAAGUGAAAAACAAACAGCCAUGGAUCAUGAAGAACCAAUGGUGGGGGAAAUAAAUCAAACAGAAAUUCAUUGUGUUGACAAUGAACCUGUAGAUAAUAUGAAAAGAUUUGAAAAAGCCAUGAAAAAGGCACAUAAAGCUCAAAAAAUGUUGCAAAAGGUCAUGGAUGAAUUGGCACGAGAAAUGCAUAAGAAUAAGUGCAAAAAAAAAAAUAAAAAAAUGGGUGAAAAACGUAGACAUCACUCGAGAUCACCUGAUGUUCAAGAUGAUGCAUCAAGUGAUUCCAGCAGUGACACCAGUUCCAGCUCUAGUUCCAGUUCAAGUUCCAGUGAUAGUGAGGUAGAGUUUGUUUCAUGCCAUUAUGGCGGUAGAGGACAUGGUGGUCAUUAUCACCAUCAUCAUCAUAAUGACAAACAUAUGAAGAAACAUCAUCAUGGUCGUGGACAUAGUCAUGGUCACGGUCAUAGUGGUGUCAGACACCAUCAUGGCCGCCGUGAUCGUUCUCGUUCCAGAAAUCGUGAUCGUUGUCGUUCUCGUGGCCAUUCCAGAGGUCAUUCUCGUGGUCACUCUAGAGGACGUUCUCGUGGCUAUUCCGCCACUCGCGAUGGUUAUCAACAAAUUCCAUCAAUUGGUGGCGCCCGCUGUGGUACUGCCAACUCAACUGGAACUAUUGAAGAUCGUUUGCCAUUAGCUUUAACGCUAUAA